CUAGCUUGAAAAUGGAUUUUAGCUGUGCUUACAUAUGUGUAGAUAAAAAAAAAUCUAAAUAUUUAUGUUUGUACAUUUUACUAUAAAGUUCUAUCACAUACUACCUGAUUUGACCUAGAUAUAGUUUUGACUUUGUGAUUCACUUGAACGAUUGUGAUGUGUUUAUCCGUGCUUUAAAGUGAAACUCCUACAGUUUAUCUGAUAAGACUUGUGUUAUACAAGACAAAAUCCACUCAUCCUAACCGCCCUUAUCUCAUUAUUUUUAUGUAGAAUGGCAACAAAACCCUUUACCCCAGAAGAGGCUAGGAGGAUUAUCCAGUUUCUACAGAAACCUGCUGUGUUCCUGAACAUGACCACAGACUGGCCAGCAUUGCAAUGGACUGUGGGAAAUCUGUCAACUUGCUUUACAGAGAGGCUUCGAUUCCGUAUUGGGAAAAAGACUGAGAAUAUGGCUCCUCUUUUUGAAACGGAAUGUUUCUACAUUGAAGCAACCAUUAAAGAGUUUCUGUCUUGGACUGCCAAUGAAGACGAAUCACUUGUCGGGCCAUUUUCUGACUAUCACUGCAAAGAAUUCUGGGCUUAUGCUGAUUACAAGUACAUUGCCCAGCUUUUUCAGGAUAAACCUGCAAAGUUUCAGGAUGUGGUGUGGUCUGACUUUGGUUUUUCCGGCCGAGAUGGACGAGACAGCACACUUUGGAUUGGGACGCAGGGCGCUAACACUCCUUGUCACCUCGACUCUUACGGUUGCAAUCUUGUCUUUCAGAUACAAGGCAGAAAACAAUGGUAUCUCUUUCCUCCCGAAGACACGCAUUGUCUCUAUCCAACGCGCGUGCCAUACGAGGAGUCCAGCGUGUUCAGCCAGGUCAGUGUUGUCCAGCCAGACCUGAAGAGGUUCCCAUCAUUCAGAAGAGCUCGAGUCCACACCGUCACUCUGCAGCCUGGUCAGGUUCUGUUUGUGCCCAGACACUGGUGGCACUAUGUGGAGUCAGUGGAUCCAGUGACUGUCAGUGUGAACUCCUGGAUUGAGAUGGCUGUAUUUGUCUUUAUGCCGUAGGACAUGGACGAUGAGGCCAGAGUAGGAGAAGCGUUCACUAAAACUAUUGUGUGUGCCCUGAAAAGUGCCCCCAGCUUAGACAACAAUGACCACUGGCUCAAUCCUACUGAGG